UAAGGUAGGCUAGGUAUAAAAACGAACUCAUGCCGAGUCAGUAUAGGACUGUCUCACGCAAACCACAUUGCAGGCGCGCAGUGAGAAGUUAGAGAGAUUAAACCAUCCACGACGUUAAUCUAACAACUACAGAAGCAAUCAAUCAACAUGCGUGAGUGUAUCUCAGUUCAUGUGGGCCAGGCGGGCGUUCAGAUGGGCAACACCUGCUGGGAGCUCUACUGUCUGGAGCAUGGCAUCCAGCCUGAUGGCCAGAUGCCCAGCCACAAGCCCGUUGGCGGGCAUGACGACUCCUUCACCACCUUCUUCAGUGAUACCGGUGCUGGGAAGUAUGUGCCACGUGCCAUCUUUGUCGACCUGGAGCCAACAGUGAUUGAUGAAGUUCGUACAGGCAGCUACCGUCAGUUGUUCCACCCUGAACAGCUCAUCUCUGGGAAGGAGGACGCAGCAAAUAACUACGCCCGUGGGCACUACACCAUCGGCAAAGAGAUUAUCGACUCAGUACUAGACCGCAUCCGUAAACUGGCUGACCAGUGCACAGGACUCCAAGGUUUCUUGGUAUUCCACAGCUUUGGUGGGGGCACCGGCUCUGGCUUCACCUCCCUGCUAAUGGAGCGCCUCUCUGUUGACUUUGGCAAGAAGUCCAAGCUUGAGUUUGCCAUUUACCCAGCACCCCAGGUUUCCACUGCUGUUGUGGAGCCUUACAACUCCAUCUUGACCACCCACACAACCCUGGAGCACUCCGACUGUGCCUUCAUGGUAGACAACGAGGCCAUCUACGACAUCUGCCGUCGCAACUUGGACAUUGAGCGUCCCUCUUACACCAACUUGAACAGGCUGAUCAGCCAGAUUGUCUCCUCCAUCACGGCGUCCCUGCGUUUCGACGGUGCUCUGAACGUUGACCUGACAGAGUUCCAGACCAACCUGGUGCCCUACCCCCGCAUCCACUUCCCCCUGGCCACCUACGCCCCCGUCAUCUCUGCCGAGAAGGCCUACCACGAGCAGCUGUCUGUGGCUGAGAUCACCAACUCCUGCUUUGAGCCCGCCAACCAGAUGGUGAAGUGCGACCCGCGUCACGGCAAGUACAUGGCCUGCUGCCUGCUCUACCGUGGAGACGUCGUCCCCAAGGACGUCAACGUAGCCAUCGCUGCCAUCAAGACCAAGAGGAGCAUCCAGUUUGUGGACUGGUGCCCCACAGGCUUCAAGGUGGGCAUCAACUACCAACCUCCAACAGUGGUGCCCGGUGGAGACCUGGCCAAAGUGCAGAGGGCUGUAUGCAUGCUCAGUAACACCACAGCCAUUGCUGAGGCCUGGGCCCGCCUGGACCACAAGUUCGACCUGAUGUACGCCAAGAGGGCCUUUGUGCACUGGUAUGUGGGAGAGGGCAUGGAGGAGGGCGAGUUCUCUGAGGCCAGAGAAGACAUGGCCGCCCUGGAGAAGGAUUACGAAGAAGUGGGCGUUGACUCCUUCGAGGAGGAUGAGGAGGGAGAAGAAUAUUAGAGUGACGUCUGAUAUUGAAGCGGGCAUCCCAUGACUGGUCAUGGAUCAGUUCCAUCUAUGCUUUCAUAGCACUGGGAGGUUACUACUGCACAGUUUGGCCAUUUUGGAGAUGAAAGAUCUCCAGUCUCCCAUUUCAUCAUUACCAAAGAAAGCAAGCUACUGUCUUGUCAAUACAUCACACACUGUGUGUUAAUUGCAAGGCUGUACCCUAUUUCCAUGUCAUUUUUAUUUUAUAUUUGACCUAUUAUAAAAGGUCUUCCCUUUUCUAUUAUUAGACUUGAAUAAUAAGCUUCUAUGAUGUUACUUUACCAGUGGUGAUAUGUUCAGAAAUCAAAUCCCAUCUUUCCUGCAUUGAAAAUAAAAUGCCUUUCGACCAAUACAUGGGGCCUUUGAGGUUGCGAACUUUGUAAGAAGUAAGCUGUUAGUGUAAACUGCAGUCAUUGUUGUGUGCAAUUUCUGUUUGUCUUAUCAGUAAUUCCCAUUUAUAAAUUAUUUUUGAAACCAGUUGUGCAGAACCAAGUUGCUGUUAUGAGGGGUGUCUUGGCUUUGUAAAUAAAAUGUUUUAAAAAUGA